UCGCUAGAUGACUUUUCGGCGUACAGUUCAGUCUCGACACGUCGUUGUGGAAAUAUCAACGACUAUGAUUAUUACAGUAGAAGUAGUUAGUUGUCUAUCGCAACAAACGAAAUUUACAAUAAAAUAAAGUUUUAAAUUUACCUCAGGCGUGCGAUACCGUGAGUGCAACCUUACCUUUCACCUUUUUAUUUUUAAAGGUUUUAUUGUGUGCGGUUUGGAAGAGCAGCAUCAGAUCAACGCUGCAUACCGGUCCGAUGCGUCAUGCGUCCGCGCGCAAAAGUUGCAAUAAUCACCAGCGUGUGUGCAAUAACGCUAAUUGUCGUGUGUGUAAAUGUGAAAAGUGCCAGUUAUAGCACCGCACCACACGCGUACGAUGUGCGCCGCGACGCGUUAAGAAUAAGCAAAAACAAUGUGAUUAAAGUGACGCCGGCGAGUCUGCUGCGCGAUGCAGGCCUGGCGCCGUAUAAGCACGUUACAAAAUCGUUGGCUGAAUUGGGUAAAAUGGACGAAAUAAGUAAGCACAUUGUUUUUGUGAACGCAGUACCGAAUUCAGGCUCUGAAGUACUUGUUUUGCUACUGAAGUGGCUACAAGGGUGGAACAACUUCAAACAUAUUAAAUUACAAGGUUCCAAGAAAAUACUGAGCAAUAUUGAAAUCGAAGAAUUCGUCUACAAUACGUGCGAUAUCAUCCGCGACGAAGCAGUUCCCACCAGCAUUGAUAGAAUGAUUUAUUUUGUGAAUUUCACGCGCCACGACCGGCAAUCACCUAGUUAUGUCAAUUUAAUCCGUGAUCCAGCGGAUUAUGUGCUAUCAAGAUUUCAUCAUUUAAUGCAAAACGAUGCAUUGAAACAUUUGAAAACGUCUAAAGACAUCGAACGUUGCAUAAUGGACAAACAAGAUGGCUGUCAAUUCAUAGAUAACAAAAAUGUUGAUUUGGCUAUUCCGUACUUCUGCGGACAACACGAAAAUUGUCAGCGUUUGAAUAAUGUUUGGGCUUUAAAACAAGCCCAGCGAACAGUAGAAAAAUACUACGCCACACUGGGCGUCCUCGACGAACUGAACGCCACGCUUGAAGUACUGGAACACGAACUUCCAUACUUCUUUAAAGGUGCCAGUAAACUAUAUUAUCGAGAUUUAUUACCGUCGGGAAAUCAGCGCAGAAAAACACAACGUGCGAGCAACGCAUUCAGAAAACGCAUGAAAAUAACGUUACAUAAAGAAUACGAGUUUUACGAUUGGGCAAAGAGUCGCUUGUUCCGACAAUUGCAACUUAUUUACGGCCACUAAAAGUGUUUUCCUGUGUGUGCUGCAAGUAGUGCGCAGCAAACAAACAAAAAGUGAUAUUCUUACACCGUCAGAAUUGUGCGAAGGACAUCGAAUGUUUGCGGAGUGGAAUCGUGAACAAAAAAAUGUUCAAGCCAAAUGAAACGAUGCAGAUCAUGACGACAGUAUUACGCAAACCAAAGAAUAAAUGCGUUUUUUUUAUUUAACAGUGCAUGCUUAAAAAGAAGAAAACCAUGUUCAAAUAAAGGAAAACCAUGAUUGGUAUCAAAACCCUUAA